AUGUUUAGUGUGGAUGUUGAUGAGGCCGAUGUGGCCGUUCUCUCGCAGAAUCUCGCCAAGUCAAAAGAUCUCUUUCGGAAUAUUGCCAGUUCGCUCCAGAACAUCUCAUCCAAGACGCUGACGGCGUCCCGAAACAUCCGCCCGGUAUUGUCCGAAUUCAAUACUCUUACCUCCAAGAAAACUAGGGUCGAGGAAGGCCUCCAGCUUUUACAGGACGUAUCGGAGUACUCGUCUCGAGCUGCUGACGCCCAAAGAAUUCUCAAUGGACCCAUCGAGAAUGCUGGAACUCAAAAAUACUUAAACACUCUUGAAGAGUCCAAACAGUUGUUGCGGAAAAUGAAGACGGAUAUCCGGGAAUUCGAUGGAGUGGUGGUUAGCUUUGGAAAUGCCGUCGAUUUGGCUGAAAUGGCGGUGGUGACGCAUUUCUCGAAGAUGGUAUCCAAUGUGGAUAUUCAAAAUGGCACCUUGCCGCGGUUUUCUGAUGCUUUGGCAGCUUUGAGCUACUUUGCUAAUCAGGGAAAUCUCAGAGCAGGUCAUGAGGCAAUGGAAAAGGCGUUUUCCCGUCAGUUGACUAAACAGUUAGCACCUUUGGAGGCCGCGUGCACAUUGAAGAAAAGACAGAGUAAUAUUCCUUACGAGAAGGGCUCGCUGGGGCUUUUAGUGUACACGGAGGAGUUUUUACGUUGCGUGGACUCGUUCAGCAAGGUAUGCGAUCAAUUACAAAUACUGGGGUCGCCUGUGUUCAAAAACAGCAUUGCGAGCUACUUGGACACUCGUUUAACACCCAUUCUAGCCGGCUACAAUACUUCCAUCGACCUGACCGGGCUCGCCAACCAGGAUAUUGCCGUGUUGGACAUAUUGGAUAGUUUGACUGUAUUGGAUGCCAGGUUGAAGCCAUACAAAUGUGGAUUUGAGUCGACUCGAAAUGUGCAGCGUGAGUACAUGAAGCUAGUCGAGAAGGCGCAGGGCUUGCUAACAGUCUGGGUCAAAUAUAUCGAUCAGAGAGUCUCACUGUUGGAGAGAUAUAACGAACACAGUAUUCCCGAAGUGGUAGUAGAGGUUAUUUCGAAAGUACGAAAAGUGGCCGAGUUUCAGUCACUUCCGACACUUUUCGAGGAUCAGAAAUUGGGCUCGUGGCUUUCUGUCAAGCCUCCGUUGCGUUUUGUUACCGUGUACACUUCUGUGGUGCCAGGUGCUGAGUCCACAGCCCAGGAUCCUCAAGCAUUUUUGGUAUCUUCAUAUUUCCUGGAUUUGAUUGACGAGCUUAUGGUUAAUGUGGAAAUCAAUUUGAAAGAACAAUCGGGCGACAACAUAAGGAAGCUGACGCAAGGGUUCAUGUUGGUCAAGAAUGUGGUGAUGAUCGAGACCAUCAUCAACCGACUGGAAAAGCUCUAUCAGAAAUUAGGACUGAUUGGAAUGGAACGACUCCAACGAUUGAAGAAUAGGUUUCUCAAAUUGUUUCUUGACGACUGGAAUUAUGCUUCGUACAUCAUUAUUAGAGACAUGACCCAAAUCACGACCACCAACGCUAUGCAUGGGGGACAAAACAGCGCCAAAGAGAAGGAGCAGAUCAAAGAGCUCUUCAAGAACUUCAACGAAUCCUUUGAAGAGGCGCUCCGUCACUACGAAAAGUUCAACAUUCAAGAAAAGGACUUGCGGGUUUACUUGUCCAGUGAAAUCAAGAAGCUCAUCAUCAAUGCUUACAAUAAGCUUUACGACAAGUACGGAAGUGGCGAAUUUACAAAGAACCGCUCCAAAUACAUCCGGUAUGAUAAACUGCAGUUCGAGCGUCUACUCAAUGAGAAGCUUUGA